AUGGCCAACAUCAGCCUUCCCUUCCUCGCUUUCCCAGGCGAGAUCCGCAAUCGCAUAUAUAAUCUCCUCCUCGUGGUGCCUCCGCCUUCUACAACUACAGCGCUGGGAGAAACACCGCCAGUUCACCCAGAGAUCCUGCGAGUAAACAAACAGAUCCACUACGAGGCACUGCCAUUCCUCUACGCACAUAACACCUUCAUCGCACAUCCCAUUCGCCUCUACAACUUCCCCCAGCUCCGCCGAUGGAUCGAACCCGUCCAAGCGCCCCACCUCAUCUCACUUAUCCGGCGUUACCACGUUUUCGUUAGGCUAGAGUGCGAUGCAGGGUUUUCUGCUGAGGCGGCGACAGACGCGUUUAGUGGGAUCGACGAACUGACAGUCGAGGUCUUCGAAAGCCAGUUUAAGGGUAGUGGAAACGAGGUCUUGAGGCUGUUUGAAGGCGUGAGAGGAGUGAGAAAGGCACGGGUGUUUGGAAGUAUUGCUGAAUGGCCCGAGUAUGUAGCUUGGCUUCAGAAAAGGAUGAUGAGUAAAGAGGGAGGCGAGUUAUUGGGAUCGGGAGGCAGGAAAGGCAUUGAGGAUUUAAACCUCUGUCCUCAUAUGUCCGAAGCAGUGCAAGUAACCGCAUGA